UACCAAUUCAAUUCACAAUCUCAAUUUUUUGUACUUCAAAUUAUAUACUCCCUCUCAUUAUUAGUUAGUAUUAUCAUGUCAAAGAUUAUAAACACAAUUAGUAGCACAAGGGCAGAGGUGUGGCAAGCACGCUUAGGAUCAGCCCUAAGGACCACUCUAGCAUGCACCAUAGUAGGUUGCACCUCCCUCUACGGCCCCGAAUCCCUCCGGCGCUAUCUCGAGUUCCCGGCCUUCUCGUAUGUUACCACAAUCCUCAUAGUCUCGGACGCAACACUCGGUGACACCCUAAGAGGUUGUUGCCACGUCCUCUUUGCCACUAUCCAGGUCAUGAUCGUUUCUCUUCUUAGCCUUCAUGUGAUAGGACCUACCAACUUCUCUAACCACACGGCCGCGAUGAUGGUCGCGGCCGGUUCAUUUUUAGUGGCGCUUCCUGGAUCGUUGGAGUUGGUGGCUAAGCGGAUUGCAUUCGGGCAAUUAGUGAUUGUUCAUGUAAGCGCCGCAAUAAAUAGCGCCGCGGAAGCAGGGGUGACGGUUUACCCAAUUCAUGCCGCAUCCUCCACAGCCCUUGGAGUUGUGGCUUCAAUCCUUGCCAUGUUGUUACCAUAUCCUCGCCUCGCCUAUUAUGAGGUGAGGAAACUCUACCGAUUAUACACUGAUAACAUAUCUGAAAGGUUAAAUUGGAAUAUAGACACCAUCACUGCCUCAGAUUGUUCAACUGCUGUUGGUUUUUCCAAUCAAUCCAUGACCCUCUCUACAAUAGGAGCCAAGCUUUUCCAGAGAAUCGAAGUUAACAUGAAAGGCAUGCAUUGGGAAAGGCCUCAUAAUCCUCACUGCAUAGACCCAAAGGAGAGACUGCAAGACUUGGAGGUACCAAUCAGAGGGAUGGACAUUGCUUUAUCAAGUUGCACUUCUUUUCCCAUCGAUGUCAUUGAUGAAGAACUCAGAGGUGUCUUGACCCAUUGCAAAGGAAGAUUCAGCCAAAAAUUAGAUCAACAAGGCAAGUGUUUUGCACCUUUUGAUGCAACCACCAGCUUAGAGACCAAGAAGGAAAUUUUGAACAGAAGCAUUUCCAAAGCCUAUAAAGAUCUUCCAACUUCAUUCUUCUUGUAUUGUUUGCAACUUCUCCUAGACAAUUCACCUGUGACAAAGAAAAUUGACCACAUGGUGGAGAAAACAAAGAAAAUUGGUGAUUCGGAAAGGAUCUUCAGAAAGAUAGCAGAGGUUGUUAUGAACUUUAUGCCUAGCACUCACAACUUGGUUUUUGCAUUCAAGUGCUCCCUUUCAUUAGGUCUUGCUGUCUUCUUCGGUUUGACAUAUAAUAAGGAAAAUGGAUAUUGGUCAGGACUCACAAUCGCUAUCAGUUUUGAUACUAGACGCCAACCAACGUUCUCGGUUGCAAAUGCGCGCGGACAGGGAACAGCAAUGGGAUCAAUCUAUGGGGUUCUUUGUUGCUCCAUUUUCCAUAAAUAUGCGGAUUUGAGGUUGUUGCCUCUUCUACCAUGGCUGGUUUUCUAUACUUUUCUUAGGCAUAGCAAAAUGUAUGGGCAAUCUGGUGCGAUUUCAGCUGUUAUAGGAGCCUCACUUAUCCUUGGUAGGAAGCAUUACGGCCCUCCAACUCAAUUCGCAAUAACGAGAAUCACCGAGGCCACAAUAGGACUCGUUUGCUUCAUCAUUGUAGAGAUUCUAGUGAGUCCCUCAAGAGCAACAACUCUAGCGAAAACAGCACUUUCGGAAAGCUUGGGAACACUUCAAGAUUGCAUUACCAAAGACAUGCCAAUGCCAUCUAUAAGUUCUCAAGCACUAAGAGAAGGACAAAAUAAGAUGAAAUCUCUGGUGUGUCAAUUGGAAGCAUUUAUAGCAGAAGCUGAUUUGGAGCCAAAUUUCUGGUUCCUUCCAUUUCAUGGUGCUUGCUACCAAAAGAUGCUCGAAUCUCUAUCAAGGACAGCAGACCUCUUACUCUUUGUGGCAUACUCAAUGGAACAACUCACACAAUUAUCACAGAAGGGUAAUGGAGGAUCCGAGGUCGACCUACAAAACGGAAUGAAUGAGACUAUAGAGAAUUUUAAGAACAAAGUUGGCCCGACAUUGAAAUGCCUCGAAGAGAUAACAAAGAUGAAGUCGCUUAAGAAACUAGAGAAAGAGUUGAAGAAAAGAAAUCUUCCUUGUGAUAUUGAGUCAGGAGAAUAUCCCAAUGCAGAAACAUUCUUGAUUGGAGAUGAGGACGUGGAAAUCAUUUUGGGGACUUUCUUCAAACACCUGGAGGGCAUAACUAGCAGAACUCACACUAACAGAGAUGAGGAAAUGCUUUUUCAUUACAGUUGCUUGGGAUUCUGCAUUAGUAACUUGGUGAGAGAAAUCAUAAAAAUUGAGAACCAAGUAAGAGAACUAAUUAUGUGGGAGAAUCCAUCAAAUCAAGCGAACAUGAAAGAAAUUUGUUGUAAGAUUAGCACCUUGUGUUCACUGUCAUAAGUGAACACAAGAAGUAACUUUUCCUUGUGAAUUAUUAACCAAUGUCGAUGGUAUCUUAUUGUAAAAUUAUCUAACUAAAAUAACAAGAGAAAUGAUGGCAUCUUAUUUUGUUA